AGUGGAUGGGCUUGUUCCAUAACCGCUUCUUUGCCUGACGUCCGUGUUGCUGUGAAGAUGGCGGAAGUUCGCUACUGAUCUGAAGCUUUCCGUGAUUCUCUAAUAAACUAUUUCAGGACUAAUCGGUUCGGUUUCACGUUUCACAUCGGACCCACCGACACAUUCGGGUCUCAGAUCCGCUCAUGUCAUGGCCAGCAGUGUAGUUAAAGCAGGCCCUGCUAAUGGCUUCUCAAUGAAAGCACAGCUACAGAUCAUGGUGAUCUCCGGCAAACUGAAGGACAGCAGGAAGAACUGGUUCGGCCCGAGUCCGUAUGUGGAAGUGUGUGUGGACGGACAGUCCAAAAAAACAGAGAAGUGUAACAACACACACUCACCAAAAUGGAAGCAGCCGCUCACUGUGAUCGUGACUCCGUUUAGUAAGCUGAUCUUCCGUGUUUGGAGUCACCAGACGCUGAAGUCUGAUGUUCUGUUGGGCGUGGCCACCCUCGACGUCAGUGAGACGCUUAAAUCUAACGACAUGAAAAUCUGUGAGGUGGUGCAGACGCUGCAUUUGUGCGCAGACGGAGAUCCAUCUGAUUGCGUUGGUGAUCUGUCCGUGUGUUUGGACGGUCUGCAGGUUGAUCGAGAGACGUUCCUCACUGCGGAGGCCAACAACCAAAAUACUUUAAAUGGGGAGUCAGAACAGUAUGAAGAUCUGAGCAGGAGCAGAGAUCCGUCACCCGCAGUGACAGACAGUCAGGAACGACCAUCGACCCCUAACGGGCGUGUGAAUGGAAUGGACUCUCCCUCCGGGGCAACCAGAGGAUCACGACCCCUGAGACCUGCACGACCCUCACGACCUCCCCCGCCAACCCCACGUAGACCCACCUCUUCACCAGCUUCUUCUACUGGCUCAUUUCCUGAUGGCAGCGAUUCGUCACGUUCUGACACUCCAGUUCGAAACGCUUCUGGGGGUGGAUCCUCAGACUCUUGCCCCGCCCCCACACAGGAGCAACCCGGUAGGAUGGCCCUUGACGUAGUCCCCGCCUCCAGCCGGAUUCCCAGUAUGGUUAACACUGGACCACUGCCACCAGGUUGGGAGCAGCGUGUGGAUCAGAACGGGCGUUUGUAUUUUGUUGAUCAUGUGGGGAAGAGAACAACAUGGGAGAGACCUGAGCCAUUGCCAGCGGGCUGGGAGAGGCGUGUGGACCCGUUGGGCCGGGUGUAUUUUGUGGACCACAUCACAAGAACGACCACAUGGCAGCGCCCCACGAUGGAGACGGUGCGGAACUUCGAGCAAUGGCAACACCAGCGCAAUCAACUGCAGGGAGCCAUGCAGCAGUUCAACCAAAGAUAUAUUUUUGGGGUGCAGGACCAGACCGCAGCCCCUCAGAAUAAGGAAUUUGACCCCCUGGGACCUCUGCCACAUGGAUGGGAGAAAAGAACGGACUCUAACGGCAGAGUUUACUUUGUUCAUCACCCGACCAGAGCAACGCAGUGGGAGGAUCCACGCACCCAAGGUUUGCUGAAUGACAAGCCGCUGCCUGAGGGAUGGGAGAUGAGGUUUACAGUCGACGGCAUCGCUUACUUCGUAGAUCACAACCACAGAACCACCACUUACAUCGACCCACGGACUGGAAAAUCUUCACUUGAGAACGGCCCUCAGAUCGCAUAUGUACGAGACUUCAAAGCCAAAGUUCAGUACUUCAGAUUCUGGUGUCAGCAAUUAGCGAUGCCGCAGCACAUCAAGAUCACAGUCACCCGCAAAACACUGUUUGAAGAUUCGUUCCAGCAGAUCAUGAGUUUCAGCGCACAAGAUCUCCGGCGGAGACUCUGGAUCAUCUUCCCUGGGGAGGAGGGGCUUGAUUACGGAGGCGUGGCCAGGCAGUGGUUCUUUCUGUUGUCUCAUGAGGUGUUGAACCCAAUGUACUGCCUGUUUGAGUAUGCGGGAAAAGACAACUACUGCCUCCAGAUAAACCCCGCCUCCUCCAUCAACCCCGACCACCUCAAAUACUUCAAGUUCAUUGGACGCUUCAUUGCCAUGGCUUUGUUUCAUGGGAAGUUCAUUGAUACGGGCUUCUCCUUGCCGUUCUACAAGCACAUCUUGAACAAGCCUUUGGCUCUGAAAGACCUGGAGUCCAUUGACCCGGAGUUCUACAACUCCCUCAUCUGGAUCAAGGAUAAUAAUAUUGAGGACUGCGGUCUAGAGAUGUUCUUCUCCGUGGAUAAGGAGAUUUUGGGCGAGGUGUCGACUCACGAGCUGAAGCCAGACGGCGGGAACCUCCAGGUCACCGAGGAGAACAAGGAAGAAUACAUCAGGCUGGUAGCAGAGUGGCGUUUGUCUCGUGGUGUUGAGGAACAAAACCAAGCGUUCUUUGAGGGUUUUAAUGAGGUUCUUCCACAGCAGUACCUGCAGUAUUUUGAUGCCAAAGAGCUGGAGGUGAUGCUGUGUGGCAUGCAGGAAAUUGAUUUGAGUGACUGGCAGAAGCACACGAUAUACAGACAUUACACAUGCACCACCAAACAGAUCGUCUGGUUCUGGCAGUUCGUUAAAGAGAUGGACAAUGAAAAGCGCAUGAGACUGUUGCAGUUUGUCACCGGUACCUGCCGUCUGCCAGUCGGAGGAUUUGCGGACCUGAUGGGGAGUAACGGCCCGCAGAAGUUCUGCAUUGAGAAGGUUGGGAAAGAGAACUGGCUACCGCGCAGUCACACAUGUUUUAAUCGUCUAGAUCUGCCGCCGUACAGGAGUUAUGAGCAGCUGAAGGAAAAGCUCAUGUUCGCCAUUGAAGAGACGGAAGGUUUUGGACAGGAGUGAAACAGAUGCACUAACACACACACACACACACACACACACACACACACACACACACACACACACACAGA